GCGGCAGGAGCGGUGGCGGCGGCGGCGGGUGACUGUCCAGAGGGAUCCAAAACACUUGUGUGAGGCUGGCACAUGACCUACAGUUGAUCCACCCUCUUCUGGAGCAGCAGCUGAAGAGUUGAUUUUUUUUUUUACUACAAAUCAGUGAAGAUGACACCAAAACAUGAAAAACAGGAAUUUGUAACUGUCUUGGUGCGAGACCCCAGGAUACAGAAAGAAGACUCAUGGCAUUCUUACAUAGACUAUGAGAUAUUUAUUCACACAAACAGUAUAUGCUUUACAAGGAAAACAUCCUGUGUUAGACGACGCUAUAGAGAAUUUGUUUGGCUCCGGCAGAGGCUUCAGAGCAAUGCAGUGCUUAUACAGCUACCAGAACUGCCGUCCAGAACUCCCUUUUUCAACAUGAACAAUCCUAAUCAUGUGGAUCAUCGCCGUCAGGGUCUACAAGAAUUCCUGGAAAAGAUCCUACAAGAUGCAUUACUGCUCUCAGAUAGUAGGCUGCACCUCUUCCUACAGACUCAGCUAAGCCCAGAGGACAUGGAGGCCUGUGUGUCUGGACAGACCAAAUUCUCUGUUGCUGAUGCCAUUCUCAGUUUCGCCUCUCUGAACAGACGUUUUCCUAUAGAAGAUGAAGAGGAAAAAAAAGGAAAAAACGAUGCAGACUCUGAUUCAGAGAGUUCAUCCUCCGGGCUCGGACCUAGUGAUGACAGCAUUUCAUGUGGAUGUAAAGCAAGCCCAGCUUCUGAAGAAUCAUGAAAAAUCAUUCCUGUAUUGCUACCUUAAGGACAGCACAGAGCAGUUUCUGCUUUGUUUACUGGUCAUGUGUAUACCACACAAGCAGGGCUGUCUGGUAACAUGAAUCUAGAAGACCCGUUGUUAAUGCAACCAUAUGUCCUUACAAAAUACUCAAAACAGACCUAUCUUUUUGGUGAUUUUUUUAAAAAUGUAUCUUGGUGAAGGUCUACAUGCUACCUACUUAUGUUUUUGUGACUUUUAAAAUCUCGGUAUUGGGUAAGUCAUGCUCUUUUGACAUAUGUGGCAGUUAAAAUAAUUUCUUCAGUGAGUGCAUGUCUCAGAUUUAAAAAAUAAAGAUAACUUAAUUCCUCAUCUUAAAAGUUGGUAUAUCAUAUCAAACAUAUUCAAAGCAUCUUUUAGACAUUUGCAUCAGAGAAGUUUCAUCUUUAGAAGCCAUUUGACAUUGGUGAUGAAAUUACACACCCCACCAAGGUACUCACUUUUUAAAGUAGCUCAGCAACAUCAGCAAAACAACAUUGGUACAAACUAUAUGCUGCUGACAAUUUGAGAUAUAAAUACAUCUUCCUCUGGUCCUUCUGUAAUGUUUAUGGAAAGACUGGUUUUAUCAUGCGUAAGUACUGAAGGCAAAAAUUCUUGAGCAUGGUUGCUUAGAAGUUUAAAAAUAUAAAUAAAAAUUACAUCAUUUCUAGGCUUGCUGGAGAUUCUCAGCUCCCAAGGAAUUAUGGAUACUCAUUCCCAGUGAAAAUCCUGGAUGAGAUCCAUUGAAACCAAUGGCUGGAUUUUGCACUGACCUCGCAAGGGCCAGGAUUUCACCCAACACGUUUAACUUUAGGCAUCAUAUUUGAAGGUGCUGGUAGAGGUGUUUUGGUUCAGCAGCUGAAGUGGGGAGUAUCUCCCUCUGUGAGAUGAUGGUAAUCACACAGCUGUAACACCCUGCAUGGAUGUGGCCCUCCCCACUCCCCAUGAGUUACAGGAGCUGCUGAUUCCAUUGUGGCUGUAGUUACCACGUUGGAAUAUUGACUUUAUUCACAAACAAAAGGCAGGCUUCAACACAACUUCUUAACCACCAACACUUAUUUUGAUUAAACGUCAGUUUUGCUCUUUAUUGUUCACAGCAGCUGCGUAGUGUCUUGUCCCAGAUCCUGUCAAAGGAGUAUGUUUCACUGUGGUGGUGUAUUUAUAUUUGACAUUUAACUGCUAUUAAAAAGAGCUAGGGGGUCUGAUCACCCUAGCAAAGCUCCCAUUAACUUCAGUGCAGUAGUUACCGGCCUAGAAAUGGAUGUAAAUACAUGCCCCCUUUUUUUUUUUUCUUUUUCUUUCCUUUUUAAAGAAAACUGUGGUUACUUUCAAAGAAGGAGCAUUUUAAACCUGUGAAUUACAGAAACAACAGAUUAUUAAAUAGACAGCUAGUAAGGGGUAGCAUAAACAUGUGUGGGCAUGUUUUUUUUCUUUAAAGCAUCCAGCUGGGAAUCUCUGUAAUUUUAGAAACAGGUUUUAGUAGCCUGGGAAUAACAUCUCUUAGGUAACUACUUUAAGCCACUGUAUUUUGUUGAUGGUAGCACUUUGUAAGAUAAAUAUCUGUGUAUCUUUUUGCUCGGUCUUACUGAAUUGCACAAAUGUAUCUAUUCACCGUCUCAGCUUCUAUGUGAGUUAGCAGCAACGCUAUUUUUAAUGUGAGCGUGAUAAUGUUUAACUAAAGCAACAAGUUAUCAUUAAAAGCAGCUUAAAAAUAGCUGUUACUGCCAGUCAGAGAUUUUCAUUACUUGAUUUCUUUUUCCAUAUUAUUUUUAAGAUAGCACAUUACAAAGAAAUUGUUUAGCAAAUUUAUUUAAAAGGUGGGAAGGAUUUAAAAAGGAAAACUGGAAUAAUGUUGAGAAGAAUAUUACCAUUUUUAUUUAAGACAAUGUAGGUUUUUCUUUUGUUUUAACAGAUUGAGCUAAACUCUUGAAGCACUUUACAGUUCUGGCUUACUAACACAACCUCAGUACCUGACCAAAAUUACAGAAACACAAGGUUUGGAGAGCCUUUGUGGCUAAUUGUAUUUUUUAAUUCUAGGAGCUUAUCAGUACACCAGCAAGUGUUUUCCAAAUGAAGAUGUUUAUGAAAUAAAUGUUUUUUUCUAAUAGCUCUAUUGUUAUUCUCUUAUUUUCUUUGUCAUUCUGUUAAAAAAUAUAAGAUAUUAUAACUUUCUUCUCAACUUUGAGAGAAAUUUGUUCAAAUAUUUAUUUUCUGAAUGUUGUUUGUGUAGCUAGUGUUACUAGAAUUUUUUUUUUGUAAUGGGGGAGGGAAAGUACUCCAUGCUCUCUAGUAUGUUUCCUUCAUGUAUCAGCUGUAUAUAAUCACAUAUAAAGGCUUUAAGUAUUUUGUUUCAUUGAAACAUUAAAUGUAGCUUUUACAAAUGUAAAUGUUAAACAAAAAAUAAUUUUAAUGUCUUUUUUAAAUUUAAUGAUUUGGUAAUUUUUCAGUACUAUGACACACAGUUUGAUCAGUUGUCACUGGUGCUUUAAUUCUCAUUUUUUAGUUUUGAACAACGCUGACAUUUCCUGCUAGCUUUUUUUUAAAAACAGGAUAAUACCUAAUUUAUAAAUUAGAAGUAGUAAUCAGAUUACAUUAUAUCUAAUUGCAAUAAUUCUGCAUUCAAAAGCUUUUUUUCCUCUUUUGCUUAUAGCUUUACGUCCUCAUUUUUAUGAUGAUUUCUUAAAAGCUUUUAAGUAAUGAAAUAAAACAAGUUACUACUUUCUAGCUCAUGUUUAAACCUGACAGUGAGGUUUCCUUUAUUUCAAUAUCAAUAUCCUAAUCACUUUAUGACUUACCACAUGUAAUUUAUUCUUCAGUUAUUUUUGUAAUAUGUGUAUAUAUACAUAUAUAUAUAUGUAUACAUAUAUAUAGUAUAUAUAUGUGUAGAUAUAUAUACACAGUGUACACAUAUACACACUCUGCUGUGUUUGGGUUUCCACUUUACAUUUUCUACAAAAAGAAUAGCAAAGAAACUUCACAAAGAUGGUGUAUUGGAGUAAAAAUUGUUGUUUACAUUGAAAUGUAUUUCUGUAAGCACGGAGGGAAAUUUACACUCUAAUCGCACACUGUAGAACAGUGCAAACUUCGGUGUCCAUGUAUUUUUUUCACAGGUGACAUACUGAAUUUGUUUUCCAGAUUAAUAUUUAAAUUUUACAUAAUUACUGUGAAUUAUUAAACAAAAAAUGUUUGUGGCUUGCUCUGUUAUACAUGGUAUGGAAAAGAAGAAUAAACCUUGUAUGGUCCUG